GUGACAAAAAGCUCCCGCACGGUGCCCAGCGCCUGGCGGCGGUGUCCGACCGCGAACGCAGAGGGCGGCCAGGCAGGUGGGGGUGUCGCCCGAAGGGCUGGGCAGGGAGCUGGGGCUGCAGGCUCCGCCGCUGCGCUGUCAGCGCCUGCCCCGUGGCUCUCGGCUGGAGGAGCGGCCGCUGCCGGCCCCGGGCGCGCGUCUGGCUGAGCGGGGCGGGCGCGCCGGGACCACCUGGCGAUGCUGUCGCCGCCGCCGCCGCCUCUGUAGCGAGCGCCCACGCCUGCCACGGAGAAAGGCUGAAGAAAGCUCAGUCUCAAUUGUGUUUCCUGCCUGUCAGCCUCUUGCCUCCUAAACACGUACCAUUUCCACUUGAUGUCAUCACGCAGAAGGGGGUGAAAGAGACUCGGUGACAGAUUCAGAUAUAUGCUGUAGGUUUACAGCAACCCCCGAAGGCCAACCUCUACAGUGGGCAGCUUGUUCUGAAUGCCUGUGCUGGCUGCGAGGAAAAUGGGGAGAGGAGCCAGGAAAAGCCCAGCUGCCCACAUUACCGUGAAUCUCCUCGGACUGCUUUGUAAGUGAGGAGCUGGGGUAUCUGAAUUACCCCUAGGAGGCUCGUUAAGUUCUAAGAAGAAAUGAACAUACCUGUGAGUACUGGAUGCCUGUGAGCUCGCCAUCACCCACACUGCAAAGACACAGGGCGGCAGCCUCUGAGAAGCAGCUCCUUCCCCUUCACCUUGGCCUUGCCCUUCCGGCUCACAGUCCACCAUGGAGACGCUGUCCCAGGACUCUCUGCUGGAAUGUCAGAUCUGUUUCAAUUACUACAGCCCCCGUCGCAGGCCCAAGUUGCUGGACUGCAAGCACACCUGCUGUUCGGUGUGCCUGCAGCAGAUGAGGACCAGCCAGAAGGACGUGCGGUGCCCCUGGUGCCGCGGUGUCACCAAGCUGCCUCCCGGCUUCUCCGUGUCGCAGCUCCCCGAUGACCCAGAGGUCCUGGCUGUCAUCGCCAUUCCACACACUUCUGAACAUACCCCGGUCUUCAUCAAACUUCCCAGCAAUGGGUGCUACAUGCUGCCCCUGCCCAUCUCCAAGGAGCGUGCACUGCUGCCCGGAGACAUGGGCUGCCGCCUGCUGCCCGGGAGCCAGCAGAAGUCCGUCACCGUGGUGACCAUCCCGGCUGAACAGCAGCCUCUGCAAGGUGGGGCUCCCCAGGAGGCAGCGGAGGAGGAGCAGGACAGGCGGGGCGUGGUGAAAAGCUCCACCUGGUCAGGGGUGUGCACUGUCAUCUUGGUGGCUUGCGUCCUGGUCUUCCUCCUCGGCAUCGUGCUCCACAACAUGUCUUGCAUUUCUAAGCGCUUCACUGUGAUAUCCUGUGGCUGAACAGGGCUGCAGGGAAUUCUCUUGUGGGUGCCAACUUAGGGGUUGAGCAGGUUGAUGAUGAGAUUCCGGUGAGAAGAUGGGGGGCGACACUGACCAUUUGGUGCUGAGCGCUGGCCUCUGCAUUGCCUCUUGAUUACCCCAAAACAGACACAAAGGGCAGAAGGUGAGGUCUCAACAAGAUACCAAGCGAAUUGUUCUGAGUGUUGAUGGCAACAGCUUGUGAGAUGAUUGCAUGCAUCCUCAUAAUCAUGUAUUCAAUGGACUGUAAUUUAUGAUUUUUCAAAAUCAUGUUACGAGAUAGACAUAUUCUACUUAGACGUGAAACUGUACAAGUGCGUACAAUGUGACCUUCUCUAAAUGUGGUAGAUUCAAACAAAGAUGCUAUGUAGACAAGUAGAAUUAAACCUGCGAAUCCGUGUAAAAAUUCGGUGAAGACAUGCACUGCUGGCUUCUUUACUUUUAUUUUUCAUUUUAUUGAAACCUAGUCUUCAUUUAGUUGCUAAGCCUUUUAUACGUUUUGAAUGGCACCAAAAGAAAAUAAGUCAAAAUGGACAGUCAUUUUUUUUUUGGAGAAAAUAUUUGAACAAGUGUCUCCAAUGUGUUGUGUUUUGUCAUGAACCUUCAUUUUCUUCACUUGUAAUUAGAACUCGCUACGUGUUUAUGAAACUGAAAGCUCAACAGGGGAGCAAUAAACUGAGAAAUCAUGAGAAAUGUCUAAUCCCACAGGAAACCUGUAUGCUGAUUUUUCUCAAGCCAUCUCACAAAACAAGAAUUUCAAAUGUAAAUAUUGUGUAUUUGUGUGUGUAUGUAUGUGUGUCUACUUUGAUUUACCUCAGGUGUACGAGUCUUUGCUGAAGAAUCCUGGAUUAAGGCUUAAUUGGGCAUGAAUGAGUCCAGUCUCUGAAGCGGUGGCCACUUCGUGGACAUCUUGACCCAGCAGGGAGUCUCCUGCCCGUCCCCUGCAACACUCACCCCUCAUCUGUGUAUUGAAGUCCUGCCUUUUGUAAGAGGCAAAUGGAGAGUAACAGAAGAGUGUCUUUUCUCCUGGUUUUGGAGUCUUGUGCUGGCCAUGAGUGUUGUGAUUGACGGCCAACCUGGGCGGGCAUUUUAAUAGAUGGUCUGUGAUUCUUUUUGGAAAGAUGCUCUUCCACAAGAGUUAAGCCAGUUACAAUUCCUGUUUCCUCUUGUUGAUAUAAGAGAGAAGAUCUCCUGCAUUUUAACAGUUUUUACUGAGAAAAGUGGCAAGGUAAACUAACAGCUCAAAUUCCCAAUAUAAGUGGACCAGUUCCUCAUAAACUGUCAAAUAUUCUUAAAUGUGUAAUGAUCUAUAGAUCUCAUGAAGAAAGAUCUGCCAGAGUGAGUGAUAAAUUCCUAUCCCUGGGUGCAUGUGCAUUCAGAAAUAGCUGUGAGCUUUACAGUUCUCAUUUAACUUCUUUUAAGGAAUUCAUGAAGCAAGUGGUAUGUGACAAGGACUCCACUUAUAAAUAUAACUGUUUUUAUGUUCCACUGAAUCCCUGAAAAUGGUGAGGAGGGUGGGGGGAAGUGAAGGAAAGAAAAGCAGGGCUAAUUCCAAAAAGCAAGGCUAGAAAAUAGCCCUGUGAGGUCAAGACAAUUUAAUUUAUUUACAUGCUACCUGUUAUUUUCAAACAGCACAAAAUAUGCAUAUAAAAGUGAUGGAAUUAAUGUGAAGUAAAACAAAAAUACAAUGACUACAAUACAAAGCUAAUACCACUAAUUGGCAUGAGAAUUUCAACAUAAAAUUAUGAGCUAUGAUUUUUCAAAUUUGUCAUAAAACCUUUAGGAAAUGUAUUUGAAAGCUCAAAAUAGAAAUUAGGUUAAAAUGUCAUUUUAUUGUGUAAGCUCUUGGGCAUUAUACAACAAAUAAUCUAGGAUUUAUUUGGUAUUAAUAAUUUAGGUAUCAUAUUAGCUGAGUACUAUCCUCUAUUACAUAACAUAAUAUACUGUUGGGUUAGUGUCAAUUUCUCAGACUCUCCCAGGCUGCUGUAAUGCAUGUCUGACCUAAUUUCUAUUUCUCUUGGAGGAAAAUACACACACACACACACACACACCACAGAAAUGUUGCAUUAAGAAUGCUACAUUUCAAAUAGACUUUACCCUUGCAAUUUUAAGCUAUGCCAUAUUCAGAUUAAUUUUGUGAGUGAUAUCUGCAUAUGUUUCUGUACAGUAUGAAAUGACUGACUCUGUAGUGUAGUACGUGAUAGAGUUCUACUUGUUAAAGUAGGUUAGAUAUAGACACUAAUGUGUGUAAUGAUAGUGUCCUGUGUUUCUUAGUGCAAAUCUGUAAAAAUGUCCAUAGAACUUUUACUUAAAAACAAUCCUGUGCUAGAGCUGCCAUUAAGCGUGUAAAAUUAAUCGGCUGUGUGAUGGAUUCUUGUUAAAUUUAACAAUAACAACCCAAAUCAGAUUA